AUGGAAUCGAGGAUCAUUUUCUGCCUCUUGAUUGUUUUUGUACCUACGGUAAAUGGAAAGGCUGUUGAACUCUCAAACAAGCCGACAAUCGACCCACGAGUACCCUGCAAUGUCAUAUUUUGGUUGGAUGCAUCAAGGGAGGCUUGGGCCCACUUCGGCACUCAGACGACCCUACUCAAAAAUUUUGCCGCCUUGGCUUUCAUAAAAUACUCGAGCUCAAACUUUCUGCUUCGAUUCGGGUUGUCGGUUUUGGGACAGGACGAAUCGCCUGAUAUGGGAACUUUUUGCAACACCUAUGAUCAAUUUGCGACCUAUUUGAAUGGUUUCGAACAUGACGCGGCGCUUGAGUAUGCGACAGGCGAUACUAUCAAAAACACAAUCGAUACAGCUAACCGGGUCACGUUUCUGAAGAAUUCAAUGCUGUUUUUCUUCACUAAUAGCAAUCAAACUGAAGUCGAUGCUGCCGCGAACAACCAGAAGCGUGAUCUCACCUAUGCGUAUGCUAUUUCAGGUGCCAACAUCACUCGAGUAGCAAACCCUUUGGCAUCGGACAACUUUCCGGGAGCGCUGGAAGGCGUCAUCGAGCAGUUUUGUCAAAAUAUUAGUGCUAUU